CGGAAGUGAGCGGGAUGCUGAUGUGGUUGCGACUAGUUCCUAGCUAAACAUGGCGCUUCGGAGUGGCGGAGGAUUAGGUUGCUGGGCGUCGGGCUUGGUAUUGUACGGGUUACUGUUUCUGCUCUUUCCCGUUUCCCGGGCUCGGUUCCACCAUCUAAUGCUAAAGGAUGACGUCAGGCAGAAGGUGCUCCUUAACACGUUCGGCUUUUUCAAGGAUGGUUCCAUGAACGUGACCAUUAACAGCUUCUCUGUAAAGGACAAUAAUGAUUUUUCCAAUUUGGACAGUUCCACCUUUGGCUUUAGCCUGGACAGAACGAGGAAUGAUGGCUUCUCCACAUACUUGGACCAGGAGCUUCGUGCUUGUAUCCUAAAGAGCCCCCCAACGGAUGUUCCCAUUAUGCUUCUCAAGAUGGAUUUUGCCAAGAAACUUGUUUUUGUGCGCAGCGCCAAACAUGAUAUGCCGAUUGUCUCUGUCUCGGAAAAGGUUGAACAGCCACCCAAAAACAUCUCAAAAGCUGAAGAACCCGCGCCGCUUCCUGCCAAGAUGAGCCGGCGAGAUACAGCUGACCAAAAGAAAGAUGAUGCUGCGGAUAAAAAAGAAGGCACGGCGGAGGCUGCCUCCAAGGACGAUAAAGAUGCCACGCAAGAAGCCAAUCAGAAGAAAGUGGAAAAGAAAGAGAAAGAACAAAAGGGUCCCAUUGAAUAUAAUGGCACUAUGCAUGUGGACAAGGGAGUUGCUUCAUUUCAGUUCUCCUUCAACAUCAGUUCAGAGGAACUGGAGGGGCUUUACAGUUUGUAUUUCCAUAGCUGCGUCGGAAAUGACAACUCUGGCAAGCAACAUUUCUUUAGCCUGGAUAUCAACAUUACAGAGAAGAACACUGAGAGCUACUUGUCUGCGGACGAAAUCCCAUUGCCCAAACUCUACAUCUCCAUGGCGCUCUUCUUCUUUUUGGCCGGCCUGGCUUGGGUUCACAUCCUCAGGAAGCGCAGGAAUGACGUGUUCAAGAUCCACUGGCUGAUGGCAGCACUGCCCUUCACAAAGUCCCUCUCGUUGGUAUUCCAUGCUAUUGAUUACCACUACAUUUCAUCGCAGGGGUUUCCAGCUGAAGUCUGGGCAGUGGUUUAUUAUAUUACUCACUUGUUAAAAGGAGCCUUGCUUUUCAUCACCAUCGCUCUAAUCGGAACAGGCUGGGCCUUUGUGAAGCACAUACUUUCUGACAAGGACAAAAAAAUCUUCAUGAUCGUCAUUCCCCUGCAGGUGCUCGCCAACGUGGCAUAUAUCAUCAUCGAAUCCACAGAGGAAGGCACGACAGAAUACGGGCUGUGGAAAGACAUCUUGUUCCUGGUGGACUUUCUGUGCUGCGGGGCCAUCCUCUUCCCAGUGAAAUGGUCUAUCAGGCAUCUACACGAGGCUUCUGCCACCGAUGGAAAAGCCGCAAUCAACCUGGCGAAGCUCAAGCUCUUCAGACAUUACUACGUCAUGAUUGUUUGCUUCAUUUACUUCACCAGAAUCAUUGCCAUGUUCAUCAGGGUUGUCAUCCCAUUCAGGUGGAAGUGGAUGUACCAGCUCUUGGACGAGUUGGCCACAUUUAUAUUCUUCGUACUGACCGGCUAUAUGUUCCGCCCGGCGUCUGAUAACCCAUAUCUGCAGCUUCCUCAGGAUGAUGAUGAGGAUGACCUAGAAAUGGAAGCAGUAGUGACCACCACAGGCGCGACGGAAGGCGUCAAGAAAGUGAAAAAGGUGGUCAACGGCUCUUCGGAGCCUCGGUCAGACUGGGAGAGCACAGCGUGAGGACGGACCAACCCAAAUGGCUUUUAAUUUAUUUUCUACCUAAUGCAAAAACACACAAAAUGCGGGUCGGACUGGUACACUUUCCCCUUUCUUUUCCUAUUACAAAAUAUUCUCACAGCUUUAUCCAGCAGUUCCCCCCCCCCCCCCCCAAAGCGAAUGCACCUCCAUUUUUGUUUUCCCUUUUCUGCCAUUCGCCUUAGGACAUGGUAGCCCUGAAUAUACUCCUGGACUUUUAGUGGCCCGUGGUGCAUACGUGGAGUGAGUAGCUAUGGAUUUCAUAAAUGUGCCUGAAAUUCCCUAUUAUGUAGGAGCUAAUGAGCUGCAUAUGUUCCUGUAGCGAGGGGGUUACUACAUUCCGUGUGGCUGGUAGUGGCAGUGGGGGAUACCUCCUUUUAUUAGGGUUCCACCUCCUGGACAUCACAUUUCUUUGUAACUAUUGCUUUAGGUUUUGUAGGGAAAGAGACUAUAUAUACACACACAAACACACACAUACACAUAUAUAUAUAUAUGUAAAGAAAUGUAGCAAAACCAAUAUUGUAGAGGAAAUGACUGAUAAAGAAUAUGCCGCUGGCCACCCCCGGACUCAUCCAUUCUUGACAUGGUUAUUGUUGCUGCUGGACAAACAGACAGACGCAAGUGGAGAAAGGACAGAUUUCUAUGGUUUGCAGUAUUUCCUACAGUCCUACCUUGCUCUGUUUCCAGUAGCAGCCUGGCACCCCAAAGCUACACGGCUGCCCUCGAAAACAAUGCGGCACCCCGGGCCGAUAGUAGACUUGAGACUUUCAUUUCCUAUGGGCCGAGUCUGUAUGUCCAGCUUAUAAGUGGCCCUUAUCUGCUGAUGCUGGGGCCCCCGUGGCUUGCUUCGCUAAACUACCCAAGCUCUUUUGAUUUAUCGAUCACUUUGUGUUUGCUUUUCAUGGGGAAGACUUUGAGGGGAAAUGUGUGUUUAUUUUGUUUUUUAACAGUUUUUAUUUUCUGGAAUUUUUGCCCCCAAAAAUGUACAGAGACGAGAAGGCUAUGGGUUCACUUCCAUUUUGUAUUUAUUGGCUUAUAUUAACACCUUUUGGGGGAGGGGAUGGACAGGCAAAUCAUUUAUAUCCUUAAUAGAAUUAAAGACACCACGCAUGGGACAAACAUGCUAUUGGCUGACUCGCCGAGGCUCAUGGGAGUGUUGGCGGUAUGGCCCACUAAGUCAUGUAAUUUCCCACAGGAGAACAGCCAACCCUGGACUGUACCCUAAAACUAUCCCCCGUGGCUGCCGUAUGUUUAAUGCCUUCAUAGGCAGAGAGUUACGUUGGGGAGGAAGAGUGUGACGUAGCGCGAGUAGUAGGGCAUGAUGGUGACAGUAGUAGAGCAAGAUGGUGACUAUGACUCUUCGUGUGGCCCAGUCUGCAGCGACUCAUGAGACUGUUCUUUACUGUAGAAGGCUGGCACCUAGAGGCACUGAGCAGGAUACAGUUACUUUUUAAGUUGCAAAUCUACACUUUUUUUUGUGAAUAAAAAAUUGUAUUUGCUUUACAAAAAAAA